AUGGAUUAUGGUUGUACUUUCCACAUUACACCAGAGAAAGACGCUUUGUUUGAUCUCAAGCAGAUUGAUGGAGGGAAGGUCUUGAUGGGUAACAACACUUACAGUGAAGUGAAAGGAAUUGGCAAGCUGAAGAUACUAAACCCGGAUGGUUCUAUUGUAACACUUACAGAGGGUGACAAAAUAGGAGCUUCUGUCAGAAAGGAUCAUAUCAAUAAGUUUGAAUCUGAAUUGAAGCCGGGAUCUUGGAAAGUUAUAUCAACUUUUGGUUUGAAUCUCUGUACAGCCUACUUGCGUCCUUCUCUUAUAAAGUAUAAGAUCAGUACCAGAUAUGGUACCACAAUUUUUCCUUCUGAAAAUGUAUCUGAUGAUCAUUACUUAUCAUUCACAUCGUUUGAUAGUAUACUUGCUGGAAAUCUUGACAAAAAUCUCCUGCUAGACGUUAUUGGUCAAGUAGUCAGUUCUGGAGGUUUAGAAGAAAUCACAAGUCGUAACAACAUUACCAGGAAGAAAAUUGAGUUUGAGAUAAGAGACACUGAGGAUAAACGAUUAUCAUGUACUCUAUGGGAAACCUAUGCUGAAGCUUUAGAUCGUGCUAUCAAUGAUUCAAGUGAUGGAAUGGUUAUGUGUUUCCUACGCUUUGUUAAACAAAAUAGCUAUAAAGAAAAACGAUACAUUGAGAAUGUUUUUGAUUCUUCUAUCUUGAUGAUCAAUCCUCAGUUACCAGAGAUGGAGGCUUUUCAAAACAUGAAGAUGUCAAUCCUAUCGCUAGGAAAAGAAAGGAUUUCAAGACUCAGAGCAAGCUUGAGCCAGUCUCCGGCAAGUAGGCUUUUGAUUGUUGACUCGGAAUUGGGAGCAAGAAAAGGAGAAAUCAUUCAGAAAUUUCAAAAGCAGACAAGUCUUAAACCUCAAGAUGAUGAGUCUGACGUUUCUCAGGUUUUGUACAAGCUCGAGGUUGAGAUUUUUGUCGGAGUUUUGUGUUCGACAUACUGGAAAACGCAAGGUCGCAAUAGCCAGUUCUUACAGCUGCUAAAAAGGUAUGAUGUUUUUAAGAUGAGGCGAGAAUGCGGGAUCGUGGAACCAUACGUGUUUAUGCUUACGAGCGGUGAAGCUUGCUGGACGAUGUUUGAUAAAAACUUUGAGAAUUUUGAGACACUUCCGAGAAUUCCCUCUGACGUUUGCUUCUAUCUAAGUGAUAAAGAAACAGUUUGUGCGGGAACACAUUUGAUGGUCAUUGGAAGAGAGCUGGGAGGCAUGGCAGUGUGGCGUUACGAGCUAGGGAUGCAUGAGUGGGUAAAAGGUCCUUCAAUGAUCACACCUCGUUGCAUGUACGCUUCGGCGAGCUGUGGGUUCGAUGCUUAUUUUGCCGGUGGUCUAAAAGUAAAUGGAAAUCGGUAUCCCGAGGUUUUGAGAAGUGUGGAGAAGUACAAUGCUCAGACCAAAACCUGGUCAACGAUUCCGGAGAUGCAUAAGAGAAGAAAAUUCAGCUCAGGAUGUUUCUUGCGCGGCAAGUUUUAUGUGAUCGGCGGUAGAAAUGAGUAUAAUGAAUACCUAACUUGUGGAGAACGCUACGAUGAGGUGACAAAUUCUUGGACGCUCGUCCCAGACAUGCUUGGAAGCAUGACGUUCAUGCCUUCCCAGUCGCCUCCCCUCAUCGCAGUGGCCAACAACAACCUUUACUCGCUUGAAGCAUACUCAAACGAGCUGAGGGUUUAUGAUGUAAACGCAAACAGUUGGAAGAUACUUGGUGUUGCACCUGUGAUAUCAAAUGCGGGCUUAGGUUGGGGCGUGGCGUUUAAGUCAAUUGGAGAUAGGCUUUUGUUGAUUGGAAACUCGUCUCCUCAUUCUUCGUGUGCAAAAAUGAGAGCUUUCACAUGCCGUCGUCCGUCUCCAGACGUGGAAGAGCUAGUUUGGGAAGAGCUAAAUACCAACUAUGGCAAUGUUCAGUUCGACCAUUUCAUUCGUAAUUGUUGUGUUAUGUUUGCUUAG